AUGGUUCUUCCCAAAGAUGAGAUCGCGGCCUGCGCGAAGCGAAUCACGUCUUCUAAUGAUAGAAGAAGCUACAACGAUAUCGUGAAACUUGUGUCUCAAUAUCCAGACCUAUCGCAGUUAGACGAAUCAAAGUUUGAAAUAGAAGAACCUGCACUACGGUAUUUGACAAUGGCUUUGUUGCAAAUUUUCCGUAAGCUUUUUUCAAGAGGUCAACUAAACCCUGCUAAAGCAACCUCUGAAAAGGAGAAGCUCUUUUCCCAAUGGUGUCGCAAGGUCUACGGAUCCUACAAAGCUAAAUUGCUCCACUGCAUCUCAUCUAUACCCUUUGAAACUUCCCUGGCGCUUGAUUGCCUCGAUGUGUAUAUGCAGCUACUAGAACAAGAGGCCAUUUUCUUGGCCUCUCGGGACGGAGCUCCAUUUUUCCCUAAUAAGACUCUCAAAGCACUCAUUCUAGCAAUCUUCAAGUCUAAUAUUCAAGGCAGCGUUGACGCGACGGACGGACACUCGAAGAAUCCCAUAGUGCUUGAAUUUACUAGUAGCUAUUACAAAAAGUAUGUGGAUAUCCAAUACUACUUCCAAGCGGAACUGACACAACUGAUCACGGAUUCAGCAGUGCUUGAGGAUAUUGACCACACACAGCUCAUGGCCAAAUGGAUUUCUAUUAUGAAUCAUGACAAUCAUUAUUCGAGCAAAGACGCGGAUCUCGAAAUCUACGUUUCGGAACCUCCACAGGCCAUGGAGAAUGAGGCCCAAUACAAAUCUAAUUUGGAGAAGAACUGGCUCGCAUUUUUGAAUCUAAGUGGACUACCAGCCACUCAGUAUAAAACUACGUUACUCAUUCUCCACAAGAGAAUCAUACCGCAUUUCCAAACACCCACGAAACUCAUGGACUUUCUGACCGAUUCAUAUAAUCUUGGGGAUGACGUCGUUUCAUUGUUAGCAUUGAACGGUUUAUUCGAACUCAUGAGAAGGUACAACCUCGAAUACCCAAACUUUUACGCCAAACUCUACCAGCUGGUUACUCCUACUCUGAUGCAUAUUAAACACAGAUCUCGUUUUUUGAGACUGACCGAUCUUUUCCUGUCCUCUACGCACAUUUCGGCUAAUAUGGUCGCAUCAUUCAUCAAAAGGCUAGCACGUUUAACCUUGGAUUCACCACCAUCUGCCAUUGUUUCUGUCAUUCCGUUCGUGUAUAACUUAAUGAAGAAACAUCCUACUUGUAUGAUUAUGCUCCACGACCCAGACUUUGUAGUGGAUCCAUUUGCCACUCUCGACGAAAUUGCUCUAUUGAAAGAACGCAAGGCACAAUACGUCGAUCCGUUCCAAAUGGGUGAAGUUAACCCAGAGUUGACUGGCGCCAUCGACAGUUCGCUGUGGGAACUUGAAUCGCUAACUAAUCAUUACCACCCAAAUGUAGCAACGUUGGCCAAAAUAUUUUCCCAACCUUUUAAAAAGCACACUUACAACAUGGAAGAUUUUCUGGAUUGGUCCUAUGACUCCUUGCUUCAGGCCGAAAUUACUCGUAAACUAAAAGUCUUACCAGCUUUGGAGUUUGAAGAACAGGGAGCUGCAUUUGGGGAUUAUUUAAAAUGUGUAGAAUGGUAA